AAGUUUUUUGGACGGACGCAGAACUGUGAGUUUUAGUUUCUCAUUUCCGUCUGUAGGCUAGCCUUAAGGCGACAACUGAUCGAACCCAAUGGCCUUGUUCUAUGUGAGUUGUGGGUAAUCUGUGCGAGAAGAUCACGUCGACCAUUCAGUCUGUAAUAUGGCACUUGUGGCGAGACGUGAAGAACCUAAAACCCAACUGUGCUAAGCCAGUAUGGGUCAGCAGCCAGUUAAAGCCUUGACGGAUCGAUCAAAAUCUGGGAAAACGACUAAGGUGUCUGUGAAGAGCAAAGAAGCUGAAAAGUCAGAAUUUCAUAUUGCUGCAGUAGACCUUGCAAAGCGACCUUUGCCUGAAACACCAUUGGAGAGGUCUGUUGGAGAAUGGAACUCCAAGGAUGACCUACUUACAGAUGAUCAUCAGGAUAAAUCAAUAUUUAUUGCAAUUCAUGACUUUCAAGCUGCUGGCAGCAAUCAGUUGACUAUUCGAGCAGGAGAAGAAUUAGCCAUUUUGCGUUACAAUGACACUGAAGAAUGGUGUGAAGGUCAGGCUAGAAACGGAAACAUUGGCUGGUUGCCAAGUAGUUAUGUGAAACCUGUGAACAGCUUGGAAAAGCAUUCUUGGUAUCAUGGGCCUAUUUCUCGUAAUGCAGCAGAAUAUUUACUUAGCAGUGGAAUUAAUGGAAGUUUUCUGGUUCGUGAAAGUGAAAGUAAUCCUGGACAGCUAUCCAUCUCAUUGCGGUUUGAUUCAAGAGUGUAUCACUACAGAGUCAGCCAUGCUCCUGAUGGCAAAAUGUAUGUCUCCACCGAUAAUAGAUUUACAUCAAUUGCGGAGCUUAUUCACCAUCAUUCUGUGCAUGCAGAUGGACUUGUGACAACUCUUCAUUAUCCUGCAGCAAAGACUGAUAAACCCACUAUUUAUAGUUUUUCGCCUGAACCAGAUGAAUGGGAAAUACCCAGAUCAGAAAUUGCCAUGAAACAUCGGCUUGGUGGGGGGCAGUAUGGGGAGGUUUAUGAGGGAGUGUGGAAGAAGUACAACAGACCAGUGGCUGUGAAGACUUUAAGGGAAGAGACAAUGGAGGUGGAUGAAUUCUUAAAAGAAGCAUCAGUCAUGAAAGAAAUAAAACACCCACGACUGGUACAGCUCCUAGGUGUCUGCACAAGGGAGCCACCAUUUUACAUCAUAACAGAGUUCAUGGUUAAUGGCAAUUUGUUGGACUAUUUACGAAGCACUGCAAGCAAGGAUUUGAAUGCUGUCACAUUGAUGUAUAUGGCAACACAAGUAGCCCAUGCUAUGUCAUAUUUAGAAUCAAUGAAUUUUAUCCACAGGGAUCUUGCAGCUAGGAACUGUCUUGUGGGGGAGAACAAUCUUGUAAAGGUUGCAGACUUUGGUUUGUCAAGACUGGUGACAUAUGAUAUCUACACAGCUCAUGAAGGUGCAAAGUUUCCAAUCAAAUGGACAGCUCCUGAAGCUCUGGCUUACAACACAUUUUCAAUUAAAUCUGAUGUUUGGGCAUUUGGAAUACUCUUGUGGGAACUUGCAACAUAUGGUAUGUCACCAUAUCCAGGAAUUGACCUGUCACAAGUGUAUGAAAUGUUGGAGAGUAAUUACAGAAUGCCCUCCCCAGAUGGCUGCCCUCAAGAGGUCUACGAAAUGAUGAUGAAAUGUUGGAGCUGGGAUCCACAAGAUCGACCAUCAUUUUCCGAGAUCCACAAAUGGUUGAACACAGUCUUCUCAACUACCAGUGUUGAUGAAGAAGUGGAGAGGGCUUUGGAAAAAAAUAAGACAAAAAAGGAUAAAGGAAAGAAAAGCAAGAAAAAAGGUGAAGCCUAUGAUUCUUUGUCAGCGAAAGAUGAGAGCACAAGCAGGAAAAAGAAAGAUUUUUCUCACAGCUCAAAGCCUAAAAUAUCUAGCAUGAAAAAACUUGCCAACUCACUAAAUCCAUCAGGGCCUCCUCCAGAUCCACCAGCUCGGCCAACACCCAAAGAUCAAAACUGGGAGGAAGAAAAAGAGGCACGUCCCUCACUACCUCCAUUACCAAAUGCUCCAGUGAUGUCUGAUUUGAUGAAGGAAUUGGGUAACAGGUCUGGGACACUGAAAAAACGACCUGAUAAAGGCAAUGUUUCAAAUAGCAGAGAGCAAAAAGAGGAUCUUCCUUCAAGGUUUACUGCUGAUAACCUGCACAUGAGACCACCAGCACCUUUGCCUCCAGGACACCAACCACAAGAACAGCAACCGGCAAAAGUAGCAAAUUAUUUCUCAAAUCCAAAGCAAGAAAAUGGAAAUAAGCUUGUUCCACCCCCUCAAGGAUCCCGUAAACUUACACACCCACAACCUCCCAGCAAGCCACUUUUGCCACCACCCCGACAGCCUCUACAGAAAUCUUUGUCCAGUCCAUCCAGCUCAACACCACUUUCCCCUCCCUCUCAGAUUAAUAAAAGAAUGAAGCCACCCUUGUUAGAAGAGAAAACCAAAGAACUGGAUACCCAGCUGUCAAAUAAAGAUAAACCAAGUAACUCUUCCAGGAAGACAAGUGUUGCAGGAAGUAAACCCUCUGAUAAUCCAAAUUCAGAAGUGGACACACCAAGAAGUCCAGUUCCAAAACCACGGAAUAGACCCCCUCCACCUCCACCUCCUACCUCAUUACAAGAAAGUGGAAAGUCCACUUCAAAUACAAGUUUGUCAUCUUGUGAUACAAAUCCAACAGAAUUUUCAAAUGAUGAGCUGGCUUCUCCCAAACCUCGCCCAGCACCUCGCCUUAGGCAGAGGGGAGAACAACCAUUAGACCCAGCACAAGGUACACCAAUCAGCAAUAAAGGUACUACAAAUGAACCCCUCAGACAGCCACCCACAAAAUCAAAGCCAAUGCAUCCUCCUCCAUCAAUCCCAGACAUUUCCAAAAGGCCCAGAAGUAAUUCAAGUUCAAACCAGCAGCAAGUCAGUACUUCAGCAGUGAAGCCAAAGCCACCUGGGCCCAAACGAGCUCCUUGUAAACCAAAACCUCCGGUUAAACCAAACGUCCCCAGGAAACCUAAAAUUACCCCUCCCAGUUCAGAAGCUGAUUCUAAUCUACCACCCAAAGUAAAAGAACUAUUGCAGCUUUCUAACCAGGGCCAAACAAAGGUGCAGGCAAUUCUCUCACUUACUGAUGCUAGAAUCAUGGACGAUUCACAUAAUAAUCUUCUUCAAGCUAUUGAUGACCUCGAAAGAAUCUCUGUUGAAGUUCUGGAGACAUCAUCAAGCUUAACUGACUCUCUAGGACCACAAGCACGGUUUAAAGUCCGUCGAACGGUGACAGAUCUGGAAGGUAAAUACAGUGACAUGAAGGGCGUAGUGGAAACUGUGGGACCUAAUCCCAAUGCUGUUGAUAUGGAAAGGAUUGGAAAAGCUGUGAUUAGCUUUUCUGAGGCAUUAGAAAAUGUGUGUUGCACUGUAAGAGCUACUGCCUCCUGAUAUUUAUUUGCAUUGUAGACACUUGGAAAAGAAAACAUUUCACAGUGUUAGAGGAAUUUUGAAUUGAGACUCGAAUGUAAUCUUGGAUUGCUUCAGUUUUGUUUUUCCAAGGUCUGAGAUUGGUCAGAAAAAAUUGUGCCAUCCUCUUAAACCAAUCAGAUGCAAGAUGUGGUCACUCCCAUUUUUCUGUGUUUGAGGCCACUUACUUGUUUGUUCUUUAAAUUUUCCUUGACACCUGGUAAUAUUAAUUGCCUUUGUUCUGAUUUUCCAUUAUGAUUCCUUUUGUUUAGGUGUUAGGAAUGUUAAUCGAAAAAGGCUCUAGCAUUUUCCAUUAUUUUUUAUUUAGCAAUGCUAGUGGAAAAAGGCUAGCUUUCAGUUCACUACUUGCAUACUUGUGAUUGGCAGCAAUCGUCAAGUUGAGCAAGAUUUGAGAAAAGUUUCACCCAUGAAACAUAACGUAGAAACAUCAAUGUGUAAAUAUGGGUAGUUUUUAUGUUAAUUUUUUCCAGGCUGUUAAUGUACACAGACAGGUUGAGAUUUACACAAAUCAAAAAUAUCUCUUUGCCAAUGUGAAGCUAUAUCUGUCUGGUUUAGAAGUACCUUUUCCCAAAUUAUUAUAACAUACAGAAUUAAAACUGUUACAGGUGCCUAGCUUUCAGACAGUUUAAAUGUUUUUCCAGCAGCAUUUCUCCAUCCCACCCAAGGAGGAGUUCUUGCCUUUACCCACCUCUCCUUUUUAUACCUUUAAAUAUAUGUCAGGAAGAAAGGCACCUGUUGUAGUUUAAAUUGUUUCCAUAUGAAAUGACACAUCCUUUACCAGAAACUUGCAAAGGACCAAUAUUGAAUUAUAUAAAAUUACAAGAAGAGCUAAAGAUGCUAACACCCUCCCCCCCCCCCUCCACUUUUUUUCCUGUAGCAAGUCUUGGUUUUUUGCAUUUGGGGGUAAGAGAGGGGAAAUAAUCAGCAAAUGUGAUUGCUCAUUACUGUUUUGCAAUGAUAGUGGAAUUAUUUUUUACACAAAGCUAUAAAUUACGACUGAAAAAAAAAGUGCAAAUAACACUUAAUUGAAUUAAGACUUGAAAUUUGUUAACACUUUGGAGGAAGUCUUGAGAGAAAGAGCAUACCCGUAUGUGCAAUUUGAAUGGAAUUUUUAAGCACUGGUUGUUAAGAUUAAAACUCAGCAAUUUUAACAUGUCAAAGCUAGUUUUUUUUUUUAAUGAUAUACCAUUAUAUAGUAUAUCAUUUCAUCUACUUGUACUUAUCCUCAUCUGCUAUUUGCUAUGCUUUAACAUUUGAAUUGCACUUGAGGUUUACUCUUCUAUUUAUUGUUCUUAAAUUUUGAUAAAUAUUUUCUUCAAGUGUCUCUUCUUCCUCUCUUUCCCAUAAGAAUUUUAUGCAUUAAGAUAAUACCCACUUCCUUCAAGCCUGGUUUCUACUAAUGAUUGUCUGGAACAGUUCCCUGACAUUUUUUAUUUUCUGUGGGAGUGAAUAACAUGUUGACCCCAGAUAUAUGACCAGGAAAACAAGCUAUUACAUUCAGUAAUGCUUGUGAACUACCAAUGUUGAACUUAUAAGCAAAAAUUGCAUCCUGUAAAUCCACAUUGUUUCUAGCCACAAAUGCUUAUUGAAUGUGUGUGCCACUUGAUUUUGUUUGAUACUGAGGAUUGACAUACAAGGAGCUAACUAUAUAGGAAGGAUUUUUCAUGUUGAAAGAUAUUCAUCACUUAUAUUUGAAAAUUAUUGAUUUACAGAAAAUCUGCUAGCAAUUAAAAUUAUAAUUGCACAAUUUUAGAAAAAUGUAUUCAGAGACGUUUAAAGGUUUUGUCAAUAAAGACUUGCAAAAAGGCAAAAAAACUCACAAA